GCCGUUAUGGCUCUCUAAUUCGAUGCGAUGGGGAAAGAUGAACUGCAGGAGAUAUAGGUAGAUUGGAGACGAUAUAUGGAAGGUAGAGCAGUCAUCUUGGACGGACUUUCUUUGGGCAUUGAGCGUUGUGUUUUGCGUUAAUGAUUGCAGGAUUUCGAAUGUCAGUCUCGCCUGUUGAAGGUCAGACACCUCGAGCUGAAACUAUUCAUAAUCUUGACCAUUUGUCACUUCGAUCUCAGCUUCAUCCUUAUCAGCUUCUUUAAGGUUCUGUCGCCUGACUUGUACCCAGCCCCGUGCACCAGCCUGAACACGUCGACGCUACGGAGCGACCUCAGGACAGCGCAGCGUCUCGAGUCUCAACCACCACCCCUCGACCAAUUCGAAUCAGCAACCAUGUCCGGAGUCCGAUUCUUGGACCUGGUCAAGCCCUUCCAGCAAGUCCUUCCCGAAAUCCAAGCGCCUGACCGUAAGGUCCCCUUCAACCAGCGCGUUCUCUGGACCGCCGUCACUCUCCUUAUCUUCCUCGUCCUCUCCCAGGUUCCUCUUUAUGGUAUCGUCUCCUCCGAUGCGUCUGAUCCGCUUUUCUGGAUGCGAAUGAUCCUCGCGUCCAACCGCGGUACGCUUAUGGAGUUGGGUAUUUCUCCCAUUGUUACCUCUGGAAUGGUGAUUCAGCUUUUGGCGGGAUCUCAUAUGAUUGAUGUCAACUUGGAUUUGAAGAGUGACCGUGAGCUUUACCAGACUGCUCAGAAGUUGUUCGCUAUCAUCAUCUCUUUCGGUCAGGCUACUGUUUACGUUCUUACCGGUCUCUACGGCCAGCCCAAGGACCUUGGUGCCGGUGUAUGUCUUUUGUUGAUCCUCCAGCUUGUCGCUGCUGGUCUCAUCGUCAUCCUCCUCGACGAGCUCCUCCAGAAGGGCUACGGUCUCGGCUCCGGUAUCUCCCUCUUCAUCGCCACCAACGUCUGCGAGACCAUCGUCUGGAAGGCAUUCUCCCCCACCACCGUCAACACCGGUCGUGGUGCCCAGUUCGAGGGUGCGAUCGUCGCGCUCUUCCACCUCCUCCUCACCCGCUCCGACAAGACCCAUGCGCUCAAGGAGGCUUUCUACCGCCAGAACUUGCCUAACGUGAUGAACCUCCUCGCCACCGUCCUUGUCUUCGCGGUCGUUAUCUACCUCCAGGGAUUCCGUGUCGAGAUCCCCGUCAAGUCCAACCGUUUCCGUGGACAGCGUGGUACUUACCCCGUCAAGUUGUUCUACACCUCCAACAUGCCCCUCAUGCUCCAAUCUGCGUUGACCUCCAACAUCUUUCUCGUCUCCCAGAUGUUGUGGAACCGCUUCCCCGACAACAUCCUCGUCCGUCUUCUCGGUGCUUGGGAUGCGCGUGAGGGUACCGCUCAGCUACGCGCUGUCUCCGGAUUGGCGUACUACAUGUCCCCUCCCCUCUCUCUCAAGGAGGCUCUCUUGGACCCCGUCCACACUGCCCUCUACAUUUCCUUCAUGCUCUUCGCCUGCGCCCUCUUCUCCAAGACCUGGAUUGAGGUCUCCGGUUCCUCCCCCCGCGAUGUCGCCAAGCAGCUCAAGGACCAGCAAAUGGUCAUCGCCGGCCACCGCGAGCAGUCUAUGUACAAGGAACUCCGUCGCGUCAUCCCUACCGCUGCUGCGUUCGGUGGAGCCUGUAUUGGUGCUCUUGCGGUCGCUUCCGACCUUUUGGGUGCGCUGGGAAGUGGAACGAGUAUUUUGUUGGCUGUGACGAUUAUUUAUUCGUACUUUGAGAUUGCGAUGAAGGAGGGUAACUCGCAGUUGGCGGGUAUGGGUGACCUUUUGGGAUAAGCUGUUGAACGAUAGUGAUAUGUGUUUGAGUUGGAAUGAUAGGAGAUGGAGAGCUGGAAAAAGUUGCAUUUGAUGGACUAUUGAGUACGCGAAGCGAGGAGACCGU